AUGGAUGAGGGUUUGCGUCGUGAGUCGAUUCGAUUGAAUUGUAAUCGACGUCAGUCAAUGUACGGCCCGGCAACGAAGAAUCUGCAAGGCGCUGAACUUUUGAUGCAUGUUUAUCGACAAUUGGCAGAGAAUUAUGGCAUAUUCAAGAAAUGGACGUUUCAGAUCAACGGUGUGGAAGAUUUGGCAGAUGGUGUGCUAUUUGCAAAGAUAUGGCGAGACUAUAUUAUUGGUGGACAAGCAAUUGAUGAGUUUAGCGGCGAUACGUUGAUUCGACGAGUGGCAAAUGCGGCCGAAGAAGUGCUUGGUGUUCCGUCGGGACUAAUUGCC